AUGUCAUCCAACCUGCCUGUGCGGCGUGCUCCGGCUCGGGCUCGGAGCACCACCAAGACAGAUGAAAAUGCCUACGCCUUGCGCGGCACAAGUGCAGCGCCUGCGCCCGCCAAAGGCAAAGCACCCGUCGCGGCUGACAAAGGCCCUGCUGCCACGACGUCUGCCUUGGGCGCUUCAGGUGUGCUGGGCACCCGAAAGCGUGCCGCCUUGGGCGACCUGACGAACGCCGCACGUACGCGCCUAGCCAACGAUGAAAAGGCCGAGGAAAAGAAGCCAGCUCUUCGUGUACGCCCACCGCCAGCGGCGCAGCGGACAGCAGCACAUCUGCCAGCAGCACGAGCGGCAGUGGCAACGCAGCGCCGCGUCGCGCGGCCCCGUGAACCCGAGGCGAUGGCGAUUGACGACGUGUCAGGGAGCGACAAGGAGAACAGGGACCUUGCAACUGACCAGGCGCGCGAAGCCAAGCGUGUGCGCAUGACACACGAGGCAGCGCCCGCUGCGCCGACGCAGCGUGCGAAGGACGAGGGCUGGGAAGAUCUCGAUAAAGAUGACGCGGAUGACCCGUUGAUGGUGGCGGAAUACGUUGAGGAGAUCUUUGCGUACAUGCGUCAAGUGGAAAUGCAAUGCAUGCCAAAUGGCAGCUACAUGGACCUACAGCGUGACCUAAACUGGCAUCUGCGUGGUGUACUCGCCGACUGGCUGAUCGAGACGCAUGCCAAGUUCCGCCUGCUUCCCGAGACGCUGUUCCUGGCGCUCAACAUUGUUGACCGCUUUCUCAGUAUGCGGACGAUCUCGCUGUCGAAGCUGCAGCUCGUGGGAGUCACAGCGCUGUUUAUUGCGGCCAAAUACGAGGAAGUGCUCUGCCCCUCUAUCCAGAACUUUAUGUACGUCGCAGACGGCGGCUAUACCGAUGAAGAGAUCCUGCGGGCUGAGCGAUACAUGCUCAAGGUCCUCAACUUUGACUUGAGCUAUGCGUCGCCCAUGAACUUCUUGCGCCGCAUUUCCAAAGCCGACAAUUAUGAUAUCCAGACACGCACCGUUGCCAAGUACUUUAUGGAGAUCUCGCUCGUGGAUCACCGACUGCUGGACCACCCCCCAUCCCUCGUCGCAGCAGCGGCCGUGUGGCUCGCCCGGGAGGUCCUUGAGCGUGGCGAGUGGACGCCGACACUGGUGCACUACUCGACAUACGCAGAACCAGAGCUUCUUGGCACGGCAGAAAUCAUGCUCGAUUACUGCCUCCGCCCACCCGCACACCUUCACUUCCACAAAAAGUACAGCAGCAAAAAGUUUAUGCGUGCAAGUGCGUAUGUGCUGGAGUGGGCGAAGAACACAUUCCCCCAUGCCGUCAUUACGCAGGACGACGUCACACUCGGCAAGUGGACAGACGAAAACGGCGAAAAGCACUCUUUGGACAUGCUUCGUGUCGACUUGUACGAGCGCCAUGGGCAUCCACGCCCCACCGUCUUGCCCCUUGGCCCCGCCACACCAGUAACCAACAUUGACGCGUAA